AUGACUUAAGCUUUUACUCUAUAGUCUCCUUUUGUUUUCAUCAUCUCAAACUACUACCACAUCUACCACCAUCACAUUUUGUUCUAAACAUUUUUACUUGUUUGUUUAUUCUAAAUUCUAAGCUUUCAUUAUUUAGCUCAGUUAAUUUCAUUCUAUUUUGUUACAGUUUUUUGGGGACUUAAUAUUAAGGGAAGGAGGGUAGCUGCCAUAAGACACACUAUUUCUUAAAGACAAUGAUCCUUACAUUUAAUGGAUCAUGCACUUUGUGGAAGUGUCACUUGACUUUUGAACAAAAAUCUAUUGUAGACAAAAAAAGCUUCUAUUGUUGGAUCUUCCAUGUCUUUAAUAGAUAUAGUCUAGGCACUUAGCAAUAAUUCUAAUUAAUCAUCAUAUAUCUUAUUAUUUUGUUGUCUUAAGUUUCAUAAUUUUUGGUGAGUUUUUCUUCUUGUAAGAAACAUUGAUACAUAAUAUGGGAGAAGCAUUAUUGCCACCAGGUUUUCGUUUCCAUCCAACUGAUGAAGAACUAGUAGGAUACUACCUUAAAAGAAAAGUGGAAGGACUUGAAAUUGAGCUUCAAGUUAUUCCAGUAAUUAAUUUUUACAAAUUUGAUCCAUGGGAGUUGCCUGAGAAAUCAUUUUUGCCAAAAGGAGAUUCAGAAUGGUUUUUUUAUUGCCCGCGCGAUCGAAAGCACCCAAAUGGAUCAAGAACAAAUAGAGCUACCAAAGCUGGCUACUGGAAAGUCACUGGAAAAGAGAGAAAGGUGGUGUCCCAAUGUACUUCAUCCACUAUCACUGGUAGCCGCAAAACACUUGUUUUCUAUCUUGGUAGGGCGCCUUUAGGCGAUAGAACUAACUGGAUCAUGCAUGAGUAUCGCCUCACCGAUGAUUUAGUUCAACACUCCUCAUUUUUGAAGGGUGGUUUGGCUUUGUGCCGAGUUAUUAAAAAGAAUGAGAAGAGCAAGAGGGCUGCAACAAGUUUGGUUAAUAGAAAUGAGAUCUCAAUGAGAUUCUCAAGUGAGCCCUUUUGCAAAUCUGGUGAUGUUUCUUCUCAAGCAAGUCACCUGAAUAAUGAGAGUGGAUAUUCAAGUCCUGUUACUUCUCCACAAAAUGUGGCUCCAAUUGCUGAGUUUAACCAUGUUUCCAAAGAAACUAAUCCUUCAAACUUCUGGAUCUCCUCUGAUAUGAUUCUUGAUUCUUCAAAGGAGUUUACUCAAGUAAAAGAUGUAGUGUCUCAAUAUUUUCCUAGGUGUGAUUCACCAAGGCAAUCAGAACAUACAACAAUUUCACCUAGUUUAUCUUACUCAAAUUUCAACAGUGAAAUUGAAUUUGUUUAUAAUCCAAGUCAAAUUGGCUACAUGUCACCUUACUCAAAUCAAGUGAAUUUAAUGGACAAUUAUGGAAAUUGGAAUGUUCCUUAUGAGGGUUACGAUAAACUUAAUUUAGUCUCAUAUCAAGAGCCUUUCUAAAAUCUGAAAACAAAAGGAAGAUCAUUCUCACUCUUUUCUUAGCAUUCCAAAACAGGAUCAAGGUCCAAUUUGAAAGCAAACAAGUGGAGAUUAGAGUUAAUGAUAAAUAAUUGUGGGGACUAGUUACCUGGAUUUUUAAUUGGUGUAGAAUUAUAAGGGAUAUCUGGGACAACACCUUUUAAUGUAUGUCUUAAGAGUGAUAAAUAUAAUGUACUAGGAGUACCUUUUUAAUGUAUGACUUAAGAAUGAUAAAUAAUGAGUACUACCUUUUUAUA